GCGACGGGGCCGGUGCGCGCCCCCCGCCCGCGGCCGCGCCAUGAAGAGCCUCAAGUCCCGCCUGAAGAAACACGAAGCGGUCAUCGGGGGCAGCGCGCUGAACCCAGACUGGAACAAGUACGAUGAGAGGCUGAUGAAGGCAGCGGAGAGGGGAGAUGUGGAGAAGGUUUCAUCCAUCCUGGCCAGGAAAGGGGUCAGCCCCACAAAGCUGGAUGUGGAAGGGAGAUCUGCGUUCCAUGUUGUGGCCUCCAAGGGGAACCUGGACUGCCUGAACACCAUCCUGGUGCAUGGAGUUGAUAUCACAGCCACUGAUGCUGCAGGCAGAAACGCCCUGCAUUUGGCUGCCAAGUAUGGCCAUGCUUUGUGCUUGCAGAAGCUCUUGCAGUACAAUUGUCCAACAGAGAACGUGGAUCUCCAGGGGAGAACUGCCCUUCAUGAUGCAGCCAUGUCUGACUGCUCUGCCAGCAUCCAGCUGCUCUGUGACCACGGCGCCGUUGUCAACUCCAAGGAUGGGGACGGGAGGACACCGCUGGUGCUGGCCACCCAGAUGUGUCGGCCCGCGCUCUGCCAGCUGCUCAUCGACAGGGGGGCUGAUGUCAAUGCCAGGGACAAGCAGAGCAGGACUGCCCUGAUGCUGGGCUGUGAAUAUGGCUGCAAGGAUGCCGUGGAGGUGCUGCUCAGGAAUGGUGCUGAUGCUGCCUUGACCGAUGGCCUUGGGCAUGACUGUGCUUACUAUGCCAGGAUUGGGGACAAUAUUGACAUUUUGGCUUUAAUCAAAGCUGCCCUUGAGGACUCCAGCAGAGGAAGGGACAGCGUGAAGAGAGGGCAGGCUGAGCAAAAGGACUUGGAGCUGGAAAACCAAGAUUUGAAAGGUCGGAUGAGGGAGGUGCAGGAGGAGCAGAGGAUGCUGCUGGACAGGAUCAGUGGUUUGCAGCUGCAGCUGAGUGAGAAAGAUGAGCUGAAGAAAAUGCUGACUACCAAGGAGAAGCAGCAGGAGGAAAGUUUAAGGACUAUUGAAGCUCUCAAAGCUAAACUCAAGUAUUAUGAAGGUGACUCUGCGGGCUCUGGAGGUGCCUUUGGAAGCAGGAAAGAAGAUUUAUUGCUUAAACAAGGCCAGGCCUUCGCAGGGGAAUCCCAGUCCAGGUCCAUGCUGAGACCCCUGGAGCUCUCCCUGCCUGCCCAGUGCCCCAGCUCAGAGAAGGAGGCUUUGAAGAAGGAGCUGGAGAGCCUGAGGAGCUGCUUUGGGGCAGCCCAGGAGGAGAUCAGCAGGCUGCAGAGGGAGCUGUCCCUGAAGGGCUCCGAGUGCAGAGCCCUGGCCUCCGAGUGCCAGAGGAGCAAGGCAGAGGCGGACGGGCAGGUCAGGCAGCUGGAGGAUGCUCUGAAGGAUGUGCAGAAGAGAAUGUUCGAGUCUGAGGGCAAGGUGAAGCAGAUGCAGAGCCACUUCCUGGCCCUGAAGGACCACCUGGCCAACGAGGUGGCCUCAGGGAGCAGCAGGGGGAUGGAGGAGCUCAAGGAGCAGCUCCAGGAGAUGAAAGCCAAGUACGAGGGAGCCUCUGCAGAGGUGGGCAAGCUCAGGAACCAGAUCAAGCAGAACGAAUUGCUGGUGGCAGAGUUCCAGAGGGACGAGGGCAGGCUGCUGGAGGAGAACAAGAGGUUGCAGAAGGAGCUGGUGAAGUUGGAGAAGGAGAGAGAGAAGAGGGGCAGGGAUGUCACAGAGUUGGAAGGGCAGCUCAGGGAGACUGCAGCCAAACUGGCCCAGUCUGUGAGCACAGAGAGCUUUGAGAGCAUGAAGAGUUUGCUGUCAAACGAGGUGAGUGAGAAGGCAAGGAGGUUGGCAGAGGUGCAGGGGGACAGGGAGAAGCUGCAGGCAGAGCUGGUGCUGUUACAGAGGGAGUGUGAGAGCCACAGAGCUCAGCUGGCACAGCGUGUGAAGCCAGAGGAGCACGAGCAGAUGAGGAGGGGGUUUGAGCAGAGGAAGGAGGAGCUGGGGAAGGCAAUUUCUGAGCUCUCACAGAAGAAUGAGGCUCUGCAGAAGGAGCUUGAAAGAUUGCAGGCUGAUAACAAGGUGCUGAAGCAGCAAGUCCAAAUGCUAAAAACUGAAAUUAAAAGCCAGAAUGUGCCUUUAAAAAUUCAUGAGGAGUUGAAGAAAACAAACGAUCAGGCUGUGGGUGACCUGACAAAAAAGCUUUUUGAAAUAACAAAGAAGUACAAUGAAAGCAAAGCAGAGGCUGAGAAGUUGCUGGCAGAGAAGAACAGCUUAAAUGAGAAUAUCAGCCACUUCCAAGCCGUGUACCUGUCUCCAGAGCAGCACAAGAAGGAGGUGGAAGCUUUAAAAUCGAAUGGGGUUGAGCUUGAAAAGCAGCUUGCUGAGCUUCAGAAGAAAUGUGAUGAGGAGCAGGAGAAAGUGGGCAAGCUGGAGGCUGAGAACACGGGGCUGAGGGAGAGCCUGAGGGAUCAGUACGUGCUGGCCAGCACCCACGAGGAGGUGAAAACUGUCCUGAACAGCACCCUGGAAAAAACCAACGGGGAGCUCUCAGAGCUGAAGGGCAAGAUUGGAGAGAUAAAGCAAGAGUUCCUGAAGGUAACUGAAGAGAAUGGAGCUUUGAAAAACAAGGUGAAAGUCUUACAGACCCAAUUAAAGACGGAGUAUAUAAGUUUGAAAGAUCACGAAAGCACGGUGAACGCUUUGAAUAAAAGCGUGCAGGAGCUGCAGGAGAGCAAUGCUGCCCUCAGGGCUGAGCACCAGAGGGGGCAGGAGGAGAUCUCCCAGCUGCACACAGAGAUUGAAGCCCAGAAGAAGGAGCUGGACACGAUCCAGGAGUGCAUCAGGUCCAAAUACGCGCCGGUGGCCUCCCUGCAGGACAGGGAGCAGAGCUUGGAGGCCACAGUGAGGGAGCUGAGGGCUCAGCUGCAGGAGCAGCAGCAGAGCUGCAGGGACAGCCAGGAGGAAGCUCAGAGGUGCAGGGAGGAGAACGAGAAGCUGAGGCUUGGGGUUGUGUCCAUCCAGCAGGACCUGCAGCAGAACCAGGUCCUGGCAGAGAAAUCCCACCAGCUGGAGCGGCUGUGUGCCAGCACCAUGGAGCAGCUCAACCAGCAGCUCAGGGCUCUGCUGAGGAAACACACGGGCCAGGAGGGGCAGGAGGAGCUGCAGGACGGGGCCCUGGCUCAGCAGGUCCUGGCAGGGCACGUGGAGGCGCUGGGGGAGGCUCUGGGGCGCACGGUGCAGGAGCUGCAGGAAGCCCUGAGCAGGAAGGAGCAGCGCCAUGGGCAGGACAUGCUCCAGGUCAGGGAGCUGCAGCAGGAGCUGGCCGGGCUCAAGGAAUCCUCAGUGCCUCUGGGGGAGUACACCCAGCUGAAGGAAGGGCUGGAAGGAGAAAUCAGGGCUGCCAGAGCCAGCCUGGAGGAGAAGGAGGCGGAAAGGCGAGCGCAGAGCCAGGAGGUGCUGAGGCUGCAGGAGGAGCUGCGGCUGAGCCAGCAGGCUUUGGCAGAGCUGCAGAGCCAGGAGCUGGUGGCCAGGGCAGAGUUCAGCUCUGUGAAGAGUGCCCUGGAGGCCCAGGUGAGCAGCAUGGCUGACCACCUGGCCAGCAUGAGCCACAAGUACGAGCAGGCGUGCGAGGAGGCUCUGCAGGCCAGGAGGAGCGAGCUGAACCUCAAGGAUGAGAAGGAGCUGCUCCAGCUCAGGAGCUGCGGCAUCGAGCAGGAGAUCAAGGACCAGAAGGAAAGGUGUGACAAGUCUCUAACAACCAUCACUGACCUGCAGAAGAGGAUCCAGGAGUCUGCAAAGCAGGUGGAAGCCAAGGACAACAAGAUCACAGAGCUGCUGAAGGACGUGGAGCGGCUGAAGCAGGCUCUGAACGGGCUGUCCCAGCUGACCUACAGCACCGGGAUCCCCUCCAAGAGGCACAGCCAGCAGGUGGAACUGCUCCAGAGCCAAGUGAGAACACUCCAGCAGCAGCUGGCUGAUGCCAAGCAGCAGCACCAGGAGGUGAUUGCAGUGUACAGGACCCACCUGCUCAGCGCUGUCCAGGGCCACAUGGACGAGGACGUGCAGGCUGCCCUGCUGCAGAUCAUCAGGAUGAGGCAGGGCCUGGUGUGCUGAGCUGCUGCUGGGACUGGCACCCUGCAGGGAUUGUGCUGCUGCUACAUCAGAGGUGCUGCUAAAGCUGCACUCACAGCCCCCCACACCCACAGCCCUCAGAGCUGGAGCUUUUCCUUCUCAUCAAACACUAAACCAGGCUGACACUUUUUUUCCUGGGAUGGAGAAAAGAACAUCUUUCCAAACUGUCAAAAUGAUGACAUAGGGGUUAAAUUAUUUUAUUGUCUGAUUGACCACUUAGUAAAGCAGGACCUACACCCAGGAGCUCCAGUUGAUCCUUGAACUUGAACUCUCGUGGGAUGGUUGAAAAUAAACUGCAGAGGAGUGUGGCUGAGAGCUGUAGCUGUGGCUGUCCCUUAAUGAUUAAGAGAAAGUGGCUCAUUUGUCACACUGGCUGAGCAGGGUGUGCUGUGACACACACAGGGAGGUGUUUUGGUGGCUCUUGUAACUUGGCUGGCCAGGUUACAGCCUUUAUUUAAUAUAUAAGCUUAAGAUUUAGUGCCUUUGCUUCUACAAGACUUCAAAAAAAAAAUAUCAGGUUUUCCAUCCAAACACUACAGUCCUCCCCUCCCUCCCCCCAAAUUGUUUCUGGAUGCUUCAGUCCUGACUGGUGUGAGAGCAGCAAUUUCCAACAAAAAAAUCCAGGCACUGCAAUUUCCAACAAAAAAAUCCAGGCACUGCAAUUUCCAACAAAAAAUCCAGGCACUGCAAUUUCCAACAAAAAAAUCCAGGCACUGCAAUUUCCAACAAAAAAUCCAGGCACUUCAAUUUCCAGCAAAAAAAUCCAGGCACUACAAUUUCCAACAAAAAAAUCCAGGCACUGGACUUUCAAGCAGCAGCUGAUGGAAGUCUGAGCUGCUCAUGAUGUGCUCCAAUCUUGUUUAUGGGGGAAGAUGGCAGUGGGGAGGAUUAAUGGAAGGAGAGUUUUUAAUUGCUGGGGUCUCCCCACGAAACAAGGCUUCAUUUUGAACUGCAGGAUGGUUUCCAUAAGGAAGUUCCAUGUAAAAACCAAAGCAUGAAAUUUGUUACAAAGGGAAGUGUUUGAAAAAUGAGCCUGUUAACAAAUGGGGCAGCUCAGCCUGAGCCCCAGUGAGUGCUGACCUCAGCUUUCUAAAAGCUUUUGCUGAUACCCACCCAGGGGGACGUGGCAUCCUGAUGCACAAAAGCCAAACUUCCUCUCCAUUCUCCUGAAAAAUGAGGGCUGAAGUCAGAGUUCCCUGCUUUGUGCUGCCUGGGCUCCCCCAGCUGCCCCUCCAGGCCUUGGGCUCUUUUUUUUUAAAGCAGAAUUGUGUUUAUCUCCUUUUUUCUCCCUUUUUGGGCAGAGUCUUGUAGGGCUGGAGAGGCCACGUGGAGGCUCCAGGCAGUGAUGGAUGUGCAGGGCAGUUUUUAUAUAGAAAUACCUUUAAUAUAUUUACUAAAUAGUGUCUGUAGUAAAACAGAUCUGCUGCUGCUUUCCUUGAGUUUCUUAGAGGAUUAUUGCAGAAAACAUCUCAGAGUCAAGGGUUACUUUUUAGCCAAAUAUCUUUUAUGAUUGCAUUACUUGAAACUCAUGGGGGAGGAUUUGUUUUGUUGUACUAACUGGCCUAUUUUGAUACAGAGUUCUAGCUAUGUUUUACUAAAUCUCUCCCCUAUUACAUCAAUAAAAUGGUUUCUUCUUCUU